AUGAUUUAUAAAGUAGUUGAAGCAGUCUUUAGAAAAAGCAAAGGAUAUUCCCUCUACAGGCAGUGUCUUGGAUAUAGAAUUCGGCCCGAAAGCCAGUUCAGUCCAGUGAGGACCAUAGAAAGCAUAUUAACCACAUACAUUAGUGAAAUGGACCAGGGCAAUAUCACUGUAGUCACAGAAUUCAUUCUUAUGGGACUCACUUAUCUCCCAGAAUUCCAGCUCCUUCUCUUUUUGAUGAUUCGGGCAAUCUAUCUGAUGAGCCUUUUGGGAAAUUUGGGAUUGAUUGUGCUAAUCACAAUAUAUUCUCGACUUCACACCCCAAUGUACUUCUUUCUUGGCAACUUGUCUGCCUUGGACUUUUCAUAUUCUUCAGCCAUUGCUCCCAAGAUGCUCGCAGACUUCUUUCUGGAGGUGAGAACUAUUUCCUUGAUAGAAUGUGCCAUCCAGAUGUAUCUCUUACUGGCCUGUAUAACCACCGAGGGUUACCUCCUGGCGGUCAUGGCAUAUGAUCGCUUCAUGGCAAUCUGCAACCCUCUACUCUAUGUGGUUGUUAUGUCCCCCAGAGUUUGCACUCAGCUCAUGCUUGGUUCCUAUCUCAUUGGUUUGCUCCAGGGACUCAUUCAGGUGCUGCUAAUAUUACGUCUGCCAUUUUGCAAGCCAAAUAUCAUCAAUCAUUUCUUCUGUGAUCUCCCCCCAGUAUUUAAAGUAUCGUGCAGUAACACCUUCCCCAAUGAGGUCUUGCUUUUCAGCCUGGGGUUUUUCAAUGGAACUGUCACCUUUCUGGAAAUUGUGGUGUCAUACGUAUAUAUCCUCAUCACCAUCCUGAAGAUACGCUCUGCAGCAGGGAGGCGCAAGGCCUUCUGCACCUGUGUCUCACAUAUAACGGUGGUUGGCCUAUUAUACGGUACCGCCAUCUUCGUAUACAUUCGGCCCAGUUCACAUUAUGCGCCAGAGAAUGACAAAGUGGUUUCCGUGUUUUAUACUCUUGUGAUACCAAUGCUGAAUCCUCUGAUCUAUAGCCUGAGAAACAAAGAUGUGAAAGAUGCCCUGUGGAAAAUAACACAUGGAAAAGCAUAG